AGACAUAAUAAAAUGACUUGACAGGUCGAUUUAGUGAGUAAUUUUUGCAAAGUCAUUUAUCGACAUCGAAAUCGACUUCAAUUAUAACCAAACUUUUGGACUGAAAAUUUCAAACAUGUAUGGAGCAUUAGAUUUUAUUAAUACCGAAGUUAGCACGGGUACAACAAUUAUGGCCGUCGAGUUCAAGGAUGGCGUCAUUAUUGGAGCAGAUUCACGAACAAGUAUGGGAAACUAUGUUGCUAAUAGGGUCACCGACAAGCUGACAAAAAUAACAGAUAAGAUAUAUUGUUGUCGGUCAGGAUCAGCAGCUGAUACUCAAGCGAUUGCUGGUAUUGUUGCCUACGCACUUAACUUUCAAGAAAAUCAAUCCGGAGAAGAGGCCCUUGUUUCUGAAGCAGCAACAGAAAUGCGAAAAUAUUGUUAUGAUUAUCGUGACUCAUUAAUGGCAGGAAUUAUUGUUGCUGGAUAUGACAAAAGAUAUGGGGGACAAGUUUAUUCCAUCCCCUUAGGAGGAAUGUGUAUUCGGCAAGCAUGUACGAUUGGAGGCUCAGGGUCAUCAUUUGUGUAUGGUUUUAUAAGAGAAAAUUAUCGUGAAGGGAUGGAAAGAGAAGAAUGUGUUGAAUUUGUAAAGAAAACUGUUUUUCAUGCCAUGCAUUUUGAUGGAAGUUCGGGUGGGGUUUGUCGCAUUGGAAUCAUCACAAAAGAUGGCGUAGAACGUCGCGUAUUUUUAGGUUCAGAGGACCCAGCCAAUAUUCCGACUGAAAUAGAAAUGCAGUCACCUCCCUCUGUUGAUCUGAAAACUUAAACGAAAAAAAUUGGGAUCGAAUUCUUUUAAUGAUGUUUUUUUUUGAAUAUAAAUACAUACUUAUUUACAUUAAA